AAUCAUCUCACUGUCGCUUGAAAGAUUGAUUAUCGUCCAGCAGGCUGUCUCUGUGCUUCCCUGUGAGCAGGCAUGGUUUACUGCUUUCAGAUUUGUACCUGUUGAAAGGAGAGCGGCCUUCAUCAGCUGCGUUAGAUUAAACGUGUUUUAAUAAACAGCCUACAAAUCCACCCUGAGCAUCAUUUCCAUAUGACUAAUCAUAAAUAUCUUGCAUUAAGAGAGUUCUCUUUGCUUUUUUGGUAAUCAUUGUGCUGAUGUGCAAUAUUUUAUUCAUGUGGAAAUGAUGCACAUUUGAAUCCAGCGCGUUCAGUGCAUCCCUGUGCAGUGGAGUCUGUGUCCGCGCUGUUUUCCUUUAGAAUCGGCUGCAGAAGUGACUCAGACCGUCUCCGAUGAGAAAACAGAGGCCACAUUAGUGUCUUUGUGUUGAGCUGGCCAGUUUUAAUCCCUUACGCGUGGAAAAGAGACGAAAAGUUAAUCGCAGAUGGAAAGAGUGCAAUCUUCAAAUCUCAAGAGCAGCGAAUUUGAAUAGUUUCAAGUAGAUCAUUUUAACCUAAUAAUAUCACGGAGCUUGUGAACUGUCUGUAGAUCAAUAAUAAGUAACUGAGCGUCUGGUAAAAACGUAAUUCAAUUCAGUUCAACUUUGUCAUUACACAUUCAGGCGGUAGGCUACAGUAUAACAAACACGCCCGGGCUCAUUCUCUGCAGAGCGGUGCAUAAUUAAUUAAGACAGGGACUUGAGUGCGCAUGCACGAGAUGGAUGCCAGACAAUAGGUAUACGCAAAAUAAAUACAAAAACAAUAAAUAGACAGUAAAUACAGAGGUAACCAAACGUGUACUGGCGCAUAGAGCAUAUGUAUGUGCAACAUGUUCAAACUAUAUGCUGCGAUUUUUAGGGGUGGUGUUCAGUAAAUUAUAGUGCGCAUGUUAGUUCGAGUUCAGUCCAAGUAUAUAAACGUUCAAAUCACGAUGGUGAUAAUCGCGCUUGUGACGUGACGUGUUUCACAGGUCUUUAAAAACCAGAGCACUGCUGCAAAGCCAGAUCACCCAAAGAAAACGUAGUAAAACCGUAAAACUGUUCUAUAUGGCUGCGAUAAGAGCGCCUCUCUUCAGGCGCGCCCUGUGAACGUGUGCGCUUAUCUGACCGAUGGGCUGGAUGCCAUUGAUGUGUUUGUCAUGUAAAUACAAGCCCUUUGAUGGACACUCGCUACGCCCAAGUUGCUGCUGAAGGUCGCAUCCCAUUGGCGCACUUUUGGUCACAUGACCUGUCACUUGGUUGAUAUGUAGCCGGAUGGAACUUUUGGAGAUUUGACGUACUGCUCCGAGGUUGCAGGGCACCAGGGCAACGCUUGACCCCCAUUGAAUUAACCACCGCUGGACAAUCAUACAGAAUGAAUUCUUACUUAGAUUACACGACCUAUAACCGCGGACCUAACCCCUUAAAUGCCAAAGUUGGAUGCUUCUCUUUGGAUCAGGAGUACAUGCAGAGCGCCUGUGCGAGCACCAACAGUUGCAUAGCUGAUGGGCGGCCGGCUGGAGGGAGCUCGCUCACACCGGCGCUGCAUGAACCUCAAGGCAUGGGCUACGCACAUCAGGCGUCCCAGCCGUACCACAUCAAUCUGGAUCUUGUUACAACGGGACAGGCCGGCUACGGCAAGCAGAACCGCGCUCACUUGGACUACGGUCACCAGAGCAUGCUCGGUCAAGGAGAAGACCCCAUGUAUCUACAGUCCCCUGGCUUUCCUGUUGUAAGCAUGGGACCCAGCAGUGGAACACCCGGCGAGGCGAACUGCAGGCCAGCAGCGCUCCCAGUGAGCCAGUACCCUACAUAUCCCUACGGAGAGAGAGAGCAGCACAGCUAUGCGGCGUAUAGCAAAUACAGCAGCCUGAUCCCCCCCGACUCCGACCCCAAGAAGAGCCCCAGCCAAACACCAACUUUCGACUGGAUGAAGGUGAAGAGGAAUCCGCCCAAAACAGUCAAGGUCGCUGAAUACGGACUCCACGGCCAGCAGAACAUGAUUCGCACCAACUUCACCACGAAGCAGCUCACAGAGCUGGAGAAGGAGUUUCACUUCAACAAGUACCUCACCAGGGCGCGGAGAGUAGAAGUGGCCGCCACCCUCGAACUGAACGAAACGCAGGUGAAAAUCUGGUUUCAGAAUCGUAGAAUGAAGCAGAAGAAACGCGAGAAAGAAGGAACCGUGCCCCUCAUAAACCGCGUCGCCGACUCCGCCGCUGGCCAGAGCCCGAACACCUCCAGCACCUCAUCUCCAGCCGCCUCGCCAAGCUCGGACACUGCGGCCCCUAACUGACCACACUGAACGUGGUUUGCGCUAAAUGACUGUCAGGGUGUUUUUGUGCCAAACGAACUUUCCGGUUGCGUGUCUCACUUUUAUUUCUGAGGACAUCUGCCUAACUUAUUAUGCAUUCAUGGACCAAAUGUCAAACAUCUCCUAGUUUUGUCAGUAAAACCAUUUUGCAGAUAAAGCAUGUCGCUGCUUUAAUUUCCCCCAAAAGCCCAAACAUUUGGCCUUCUAUUAAAAUGAUCACGCAUUCAAUUCAAGCUAUGUAACUGUCUUCAGCCACUGAAUGGCAGUUUUAGAAUUUGCACUAGAAAUGUACUUCGGAGAAAAAGGGUUGUGUUGAUAUGUGCACGGUGCUCGUCUGUCCUGUGCAAUAAUAAUUGAAUAAAAGUUCCUUUAUUUUUGUGAAA